AUGGCAGGAUUUGGGGGUAUACAGGGGCCACUACCAGUGUUUUAUGGGAAGCAGUUUGAAGACUGGCGCAUUAAAAUGCAAGCCAUUUUUCGCUUCCAGGAUGUUUCAGAGGUGAUAGAAGAUGGGUUGCCCGAGUUGAGUGACAGGGCCACUGAAGAAGAGAAAAAGAGUUAUAAGUGGCAAGUAAAACUGGAUAGCAAGGCAAGGUUUCUGCUGUACCAGUGUGUCAGCCCAAAGAUCUUCAACAAGAUCUCCAAAGCUGCUACUGCUAAGGAGGUAUGGGACAUCUUAGUAAAGACUUAUGGGGAUGGAGACAGAAACACAAAAGUUAAACUGCAGGCACUGAGAAGACAAUUUGAAAUUCUAGUCAUGGAGGAGAAUGAAACCGUGGCUGAGUACUUUGAUAAGGUACAAGAAUUAGUAAAUAAGAUGAGGGCCUGUAAAGAUGGAAUAUCUGAUGAGUAUAUUGUUGACAAGAUCCUGAGAACACUAUCAUCCAGAUUUGAUAAUGUUGUGGUUGCUAUAGAGGAAACCAGAAGGAAGGAAACCAUGGAGAUAGAGGAGUUCUUGAACUCAUUGGAGGCUCAUGAAUUUCGUAUUAAUGAGUGCAGACAAUGCCAGGAGCAGGCCUUGCAGAAACUUGACCAUUAUGCCAAGGAUUGCUGGAGUGGUGAAGGUGCUAAGAACAAACCAAAGAAAAGGGCUAAUUUGGCCCAAGAGGAGGAAUCUGACUCAGAACCAGUGAUGUUGACGGCUAAAACUGAGGAAAAUUCAUCAGAAAAAGAUGUGUGGUACUUAGAUUCUGGUUGCUCUACCCACAUGACAGGUAGAAAAGACUGGUUUGUGGGAAUUAAGGAUGUUGCACAAGGAAAAAUUCGUUUUGCUGAUGACAGAAGCUUGAUGGCAGAAGGUACAGGCAGAGUUGUUCUAAGGGAUGCAGAAGGAAAGGAAGUCACAAUUGAAGAGGUACUGUAUGUACCAGGUUUGAAAUCAAAUUUGCUAAGCUUGGGGCAGCUACUGCAGAAGGGCUAUGUGAUGAAAAUGGAGGAUAACGGCCUUAGUAUUUUCAACCAACAGAGGAGAAUGAUUGUACAAGCUCAGCUGUCACACAAUCGGACAUUCAGGGUUGUGAUGAGUGCAGUAAAACACCAGUGCUUCACUGCCUCAGAGAGCAAGGAGGAAUGGCUUUGGCAUUUGCGGUUUGGGCAUUUAAAUUUCAGAGAUCUGUCUCUGUUAGGACAGAAGAGAAUGGUGAAUGGAUUGCCUAAUGUUGAGAUUGCAGACACAGUGUGCAGUGAGUGUGUGCAGUGUAAGCAAACAAGGGGCAGUUUUCAGAAGAAUCUACCCAGAGAUCUGCAGGAAGACUAG